CGUAACGGAUCUCUCGGAUGCGCGUUUCAAUUGUGCAUAACACACGUGACAUGAAGCACGAAAAUCUGCCGUUUUAACUUUCGUGCACGUGUUUUCUGCGUUCGUGUGCGAAUCGUUCUGAUCAUCGUCAUGGGAAUAAAAAGCUUAAGGGACGUCCGCAGCUUUUUGUUGCUGUUGGCGGCAGUAACAAGUGCAAGUGCAUCAAAAUGCAGCAGACUCAUAGAUGGAACGACAAUGUCUCGUUCCAGUGCGGAUGAGAAAUAUCACUUGUUCGUCACACUGUUCAACCGAACGGAAUUGGUCUUUUCCUACAUGCCAAAUACGAGAUACAGUGUAACUGUGCAAGCAGACAGUACCGGCGUGAUACCACGAAAAUUCACAAGGUUUCUAAUAUCAGCUGAACCCGAAAGCGAAGAGGACGGGGUGGAAAGUGGCGUUUUCGAUCUUCAAGAUGAAUCGUUAACGAGGUAUUCUGAAAUUUGCCCGAACGCUGUUGUGGAGACCUCGAAGGUGCCCAAAGAGGAAAUUUCUGUGGCCUGGACCAGCCCUUCCGAAGGUAGCGGUUGCAUAUUUAUCAGGUCGACGAUAUUGGAAACGCCGGAUACAUGGUACAUGGAUGAUCCGAACUUAGUACUGAAGAUAUGUCAAGACUCGAGAGCUGAGGCGGACGAUCAGGGACCGGUGCUGCAAGAAUGCUGUGCCUGCGAUGAGGCGAAGUACGAAGUUACUUUCGAGGGACUUUGGUCUAGAAAUACUCACCCCAAGGAUUUCCCUAGCAAAGGAUGGUUGAUUCGAUUUUCAGACGUGAUCGGAGCUUCGCAUACGGUAGAUUACAGAUUUUGGAAAUACAAUGGUAUUGCGAGCACAGGUUUGCGACAAGUGGCUGAACUUGGAUCGACCAGGAAAUUGGAAUCAGAAUUAAAAGAUCAAAGCGAGCAUAUCAGGACCAUAAUCAAAGCCAGAGGAAUAAGUUAUCCUAACGUUACUGGGAAAACUUUCGCAGUUUUCCGUGUUGACCGUAAACACCAUCUCAUGUCGUUGGUUUCUAUGAUUGAUCCUUCGCCGGACUGGAUUGUCGGAGUUUCAGGUUUGGAACUGUGCCUGGGUAAUUGCUCGUGGAUCGAACACAAAGAACUGAAUUUGUACCCUUACGAUGCGGGCACCGAUGACGGAAUCACGUAUUUGUCACCAGAUUCUCCAAGCGAUCCACAAGAACCGAUUCGUCGGAUAACUUCGACCUAUCCAAAUGAUUCAAGAUCUCCAUUCUACGACCCAUCCGGUUUGGACAUGAAACCCCUCGCCAGGCUUUACUUGAACCGUCAAAGACUUUACGAGAAAGCUUGCGAGGGUGCGCCAGGAGAUGCAGUUGACACAGGUGCAACGCCACCAACUAGCAGUAAUCGCAAAAACAAAGCCUGCAGAGUGAAACCAUGGGGUCCUUGGAACCCUUGUUCCGUGACGUGCGGUCGUGGCACCCAGCUAAGACAAAGACAUUAUCGGGACGAAGCUGCUGCGACGCUGCACAAGUGCAACGUCACGCUGUCUGACAGGCAAACGUGUUAUGGAAAAAGUCUUCACUGCAGCAAAGAAUCACGGUACGCUAGUCUAGCAGACUCGGAGAUGUGCGCCCUGACCGAAUGGGGUGACUGGAGCUCGUGUACAACGACCUGCGGUCUAGGGCACAUGACCAGAUCUCGGAACUUCCGAGAGAAGAAACACCGUAAACAGUGCAAACUCAUACCCGACGGGCCGGAACUUCAGCAGACGGUCAAAUGCGAGAACGUUCCGUAUGGAGAGAAGGAGGAGGAGGAGGAGGAGGAGGAGGAGGAGGAGGAGGAGGUGAAUGAUAGCAAUCAGGACAAUGGUGACGGAGAGGAUUAUGAAGGGGAGGAACCGGCGGUGGAGGUAACCGAGGAAUGGCUGCAGAAGUGUCCUGAGAAUCAUUACACCCAGUGGUCCCUAUGGUCUCCCUGCAGCUCCAGUUGCGGACCUGGUGUUCAAUUAAGAUCAAGACUCGUAAUAAAGAACUGGAGCAGCAUAGGUGACACUGCUUGCGUAGCCAAUAUUCCAACGUGUGAUUUCACGAGAGAGGAGGCAGAAAAGAUCUGCAGUGAACCGAUGACGAAAGGAGAUUGCAAAGGUAACAUUUUACGCGCGUAUUUCGACAAACAAGCAGGUCGUUGUCGUUUAUUUAGUUAUUCUGGCUGCAAUGGGAACCGAAAUAAUUUUCAAACUGAACAAGAUUGCAUAAAUGUUUGCGGUGACUUUCAGAAAAGUUUAGAAUUCAAAGGCAUACAACCAGACAGUCAAGUGAUGGAAUCACCUGAUAGUGUUAAAGACAUCGACUGUCAAGUAUCUGAAUGGAAUAACUGGUCGAAAUGUACUGGAUGUCACGAUAUCACAGUCAGUACAAGAGAGAUUAUGGUACAACCUAGAGGAAAUGGUAAAAGCUGCCCUAAAAAAUUGCAUCGCAGAAGAAAAUGUCAUAAAUUUCCACCAUGCUCCUUACAACGCGGUGGACGAGGGCGAAUUUUACGAAUGGAA